UUUUGCUACAAAAUGGCGACCAUUUACAGCGACGGCGAACGCCGAUUUUUUAGACUUACUAAGGGUGUAGUGGAUUACUCGACCGAAGCAUUGAGGAUAGUUUUUAAACAAGAAUGGAAUUAUCUUUAUCUUGCCACUCCGUGGCGAGAUGACCACACUAGUGGCGCGCAGAUUUUAGCGGAGGAAAGGCGAGCACCGGGAUCCCGGCUCUAUGAUCCAGCGUACAGAGCGGAGUAUCAGCCGAUCAAGGAUCAUUUGUCUUCUGGAGACGUAGAAGAAUGGGACGUUACCACGUUAGUUUUUGCUUUGAAGUUCUCGCACGCUUUGGCCUCAAGCCGUUCAAGUCACUACGGUAGAAGGAUUGGAAACGUUAUCUAUAGGCUAAAAGAAGUAAGAAAUGAGGUCAUAGCCCAUGCCAGUAAAGCAUAUCUUUCUCGAAGAAGAUUCCAUCGAAACAUCGAUACAUUGACUCGGGCUGUUGGAGAUCUACUGAGAACUUCACAUCCUCUUGUUGGAAAGCUACAAACCUUGGAGACUGAGAUAGAAUUCCGAACCGAGGAUCUCGAGCGAUAUAAACAGUGGUUAAAGGACGACAACAACAGCCUCCUCUCCUUAGAAAAAGAUCUCGAAAGGUUGGAAAACAAAAUGAAGAUCCAGCCAGUUGGGGGAAACGAUCAUACACCAUCGAACGCAGCCGGAAGUUCUCGAGCGUCAGGGAAUAGUGAGAUCAUUUCGAAAAUACAAACUCGCGUGGCAAGAAUACAGCGUCAUGUGAAUGUUAGCGUUGACCUGGUGCCUUCACGCACAAAACCAGAGAUUUUCCAAAGUAGCCGAUACAUUAAAAUGAUAAACAAGACUAAUUCUCUGUCGUUCAAUUUACGCUGGGAUGAAUUGGAGACGUUUCUGAAGGGAUUUACUAGUGACCUGGAUUUGAAGAUUUUGGCUGGCAUCCAGCACGCAGCUGCCCUAAGCCAUCGUUCUAGAAAAGAUGAAGCAUUAGAAGUGCUUAAUGGUCUGGUUCCUAACGCUCUUCUGGCAAACAACGGGGUUUGGAUACAUGCGAGGAUAAAGAUACGGAAAUCGUAUCUGCUACAUGACAAGGGCCAAGACGACGACGCUUUAAGAGAGGUGGACGAAGCAGAGCAUAUGCUAAGUCUUGGGGAGUGCCAUGAAGACACUGCUGAGGUCAACAACGCUAAAGCAAAUAUCAUUUUGUCAAGCAGCCGAAACAGCAAAGAAGACCAGCAAAAUAUUCUGCUACACUUAGAUAAAUCAAUCAAGUAUUGCGAGAAGGCCACAGUCGAUAAGAGCAACACAGUUGUACAAGUGACACUGCGCAAGGCUCUCGUCCAUUUGGGCUUUUAUCAACACGGCAUCUUAGAGGAAGUUUCAAGCUCAGAUAUAGACAUCGCAAAGACUGUCUUGAAUAACAUUGAACGGCAGAUUGGGACGAUGUCUGAACGAAGUAAGAUCUAUUACACUUAUAGCCAAUCACUGCUCGCUUAUCGGGAAGGCGAUAUAGGAAGGGCGACUAAACUUGAACACAAAGCUCGGAAAAAGUGCGUCGAGCAUGACCUCACUAAUGAAAUUCAACAACUUGAUCGCUUGAGAGAUCUAAUACGAGCACCAUCACGUGGAGAGCAUUGAUUGGGUGAAUAUAUGGUCUCAUUAUUGUAACAAAAUACAAACACGGAAAGAUGGCUUCUCCCCUCCCCGCUUCUCGCCCUGUCCACUAUCACCUUUCUUUCAAAUUUUUCUGUACAAAAACGCAUCAACCAAACGAACAAACACCAAACUCAACAAACAAUUCAAAUCUUCUAAAAAGUAUUCUUUAAUGAUCGACUGCCUGCUUGUUAGUUUGAAGAAAAAAAUCUAACCUAGAUGUACAGCCCCAAUCUUCAUAAGAGGCAACAGCUAUUAUUUAGUAAGGUAUUACAGCCACGAA